AUGGUUAACUUACAGGUGCAAAUCCAUACAAAUACAUAUGAAGUUUAUGCUUCUGAAGAAGAGAAGAAGAAAGACGUUAAUAACCUACAAAAGGAAUUUAAAAAGAAAAUUAAUGCAUAUGUGGAUUCUGAUAUUGAUACGAAUGCAGAUGCUUAUAUGAACAUGGACUCAGAUGCUUAUACAGAAGUAGACACUUAUAUAAAGAUAGAUGCUAAUAUGGAUAUGAAUGCUAAUAUAAACAUGAAUGCUAAUAUGGAUGCAUAUACAGAUUUAAGAAUGGAUGCAAAUGUGAAUAUGGAUACAGACAGCAAAAGUGUAGAUAAUAAUGAAAUAUUUAACAAUACUUUUGUUGAUUGGAAUCUAGCUAUAGAGCAUAUUGAAAAGCAUGAUAUAGAAAAUGGAUUUGAAGUUUCUUGUGAAUACCAUUCCCAAAAAAAAGCUAACAUGGAAGAUAAUUAUGAAUAUGAGAGCAUAAAAAUAAACUGGCCAUAG